ACGCAUUCCGCGUUCUGAACUCUGAACGUCUGGACGACUAGAAAGAAGUGUAACAUUCUCAAUUUGUGAUGCAGAACGUUUUGAAUAGCGUGAAAGGCACCGCCCUCGGGGUGGCCGAGUAUUUAACGCCUGUUCUCAAAGAAUCAAAAUUUCGCGAAACAGGUGUGAUAACACCUGAAGAGUUUGUCGCCGCGGGCGACCACCUUGUACACCACUGCCCAACAUGGCAAUGGUCCAGCGGCGACGACUCUAAGGCGAAGCCCUAUCUACCACGAAACAAACAGUUCUUGAUCACGCGGAACGUGCCGUGCUCACGACGUUGUGAACAAAUGGAAUACUCUGAAGAUCUGCAGAGAAUUAUCGAAUCAGAUGACGCCGAUAAUGGGUGGGUAGACACUCAUCAUUACGAUUCGGCAACCGCCGGAUUGGAGGACAAAGUUUCAGAGAUGACUUUGGACUCUUCAAGAGCGGCAUGUAUGGAGGAUGCCAUGGAGCGCAAAGCAACCAUUGAUGAGCCAGAUGGGGAAGAUGAUGAAGAAGCCUGUGAUAUGGAAGAAUUUGAAGAGAGUGGAAUGUUAGAUGAUGUUCAGAAAGCUGAACCGGUUGUAUUGAAAGAAAGUCCAAAGGGUGACGAAGAGGGUGGGAUUGUUCACACUCGGACAUAUGAUCUGCACAUUACUUAUGAUAAAUACUACCAAACUCCAAGACUAUGGCUCACAGGAUAUGAUGAGAAUCGUAAGGCGUUAACAACAGACGAAACUUUUCAAGACAUAAGCAAAGAUUACGCGAAAAAGACAGUUACAAUGGAAGCUCACCCGCAUUUGAGUAUUCCCAAAAUGGCGUCGGUGCACCCAUGCCGACACGCUGAGGUAAUGAAAAGCAUUAUCGAAACAGUCACCGAGGGCGGUGGCGAGUUGGGUGUGCAUAUGUAUUUAAUAAUCUUUUUAAAAUUCGUACAAUCUGUCAUUCCUACUAUUGAGUACGAUUAUACGCAAAACAUUGCGCUUUAAGGCCUUCGCGACUCUCGUUUUAAGUCACAUCUACGAACACAUUUUAAAUUCAGCCAUAUUUUUAAUUGCUGGUUCGCAUCAGCUUAGAGUACGUGUAAUUUUAUAAAAUAUAUAGUAACUCUAAUCUAUCUAUCGUUCAGUUGCAAUGUGCAUAAAAAUGAGUCACUUAUUUUAGUUGGAAAAAAGAUUGGGUGAAGAUAUUUGCCUAGUAAAGAGAUGAUUUAUAAUAAAUUAAUGCAUGUUUUCUAAUGGUAUGAUAUAUGAAUUGUAAAAUAUGUUAUAAUUUAAGAGCAAAUAAAAACCUUUAGUACGUACA